AAAUUAGUUCGUAUUUAGUGGCUAUUAACUCGAUUUCUUAACAUAUGUGUUCUUACUCAUUUUUAUUAAGUAUAUUAUAAUAAUAAUUAAUGGUGUGUAUUAAAUUAUAUAUGUCAUAACAUUUUGUAGUUGGAUCAAAUAUGUAUGCUACUUUAAUCCACAAGCAUGAAAGAAAAUGUAUGAUAAAUGUUAAUAUCAACUAUCAAGCUUCGAGUUGUAAGAAACCAAUCUAUAUUGAAUAGCCAAAUUAAAAAAAAAACAUGGAGAUGGAGGAAAAUAGCGAGUGGUAUGAAUGAUUUACGACGAAUUUCAAGCAUGAUUCAAAAUUAUUCAGUAUCGUGCCCAGAAAAACCAGACAAGCGGUAUUUAUUUCAAAUCAAAGUGUAUUGGCUGUCAAUAAUCACUUUACUUAGUGUAUUGGUUACCUUUGUGUUUUGUGUUUUGUGGACUAUACUUUUCAAAUUGGAAGAUGCUACAUCAACACAUUGUGGCUACCGAGUCAAAAAUUAUUUGCCUACAAUAUCAACUGCCGUAGGAAACUAUCCAGUACAAAGAUUUAUUUGGACUUUAGUUAUUAUCGCUCAUAGUCCUAUAAGACUUAUUGUGGUUGCUAUAUAUUACCAAUACUACAAUAGUAUAAUUAAACCAUCAUUACAUUGGUGUGUGGUAUUAUUAAGAUUUUUAACCACUGUUGAAGUAUGCUCACUAGUUGUAUUAUCAAUAUUUACAUCAUCUGAUUAUUACAGUAUUCAUGAAAAAAGUUUUGUCACAUUUAUCUGUGCUUCUGAACUUAAUAUGCUUAUUUCUUCUAUAUUAUUGAAAAAAGGACGUAUUACUAAAACAGUUAUGACAAAAUUAGAAAUUCGGUCAUUAAAAUACAAAAUAUGUUUUACGGUAUUCAAUAUGACCAGUUUUGCAAUUGCUGGCUAUUGCUUUUUACGACAUAAUGCUUACUGUGAAUCUGGUGUAUAUACAUUUUUUGCUCUCUUUGAGUAUUUAGUCGUGUUGAGUAACAUGACAUUCCAUCUUACAGCAGUUUGGGAUCUAGCAGGUGUAUCAUUAGUGGUGGAUGAUAAUUUAAACCUCACCUAUCGUUGACUGGAGUCUGAGUAUAUUUAGUAUAUUAUAAUAAGAUACAAACAUCAUAUUGUCUAUAUAUUGCUUGAUAAUGUGCCUAAUAAAAUGUGAUAUUAAUACCAAAUCAAAUUAUAGAAACAUAAUUAAAAUAUUAUAAUUGUUUUAACUUUUACAUUGACAUAAUAUAGACUAAGGUGUAUUAGUUUGCAUACAAUAUUCGUAUCUGGCACCACACAUAAAAUGUUUAAGAUUGUUAUGUUUUAAAUAGUUGUUAAGUAUCACAGUUUUAUUUUAUGAUUAUAAUUUUUAUUAAUUGCUAUGAUAAAUUAAUAUUUUUUGAGUAGAUACAUUACAUUUUUAUUCAACUUUUUAAUUAAAUAUUUCUAAACUAAUUAAUAAUUAUUGAUAUAUUUAUAUUUAUACAAAUAUUGUUAGUUUGAAUGAAUCUCAUAUUUUUACACAACUUUUUUUAUAAAAAAAAAAAUAUUUUAAUGUUCUGUUUGCUAGUCUAAUGAUUUUUAUAAAAUAUAUUGGUAGUAAUAAGGAAGUAAAAUUGUAACUAGUAAGAACAAAGAACUUUAGAUUUUAUAAGAGUUAUUUGUGUUAAUAUUUUUAUGUUUAUGAAUCCUGUCUGCUUUGUUUUAUGUAAAACUUUUUUUUUAAUACAGAAGCACAUACAUAAUAUAUUUUUGUUAUGUUGGAAUUUAAGUACAAUAUAUUGUUAAAUAAAUA